GAAGGCGAGUAUUUAGAGAGAGAAAGGAGGAGAGAAUUUUAGAAAGAGGGGGUGGGAUUUUAGAGAGAGAGAUGGAGGGCUACGAUCAUCGCAACUGGACUGAUGAGAAGCACAUGUCGUAUCUCAGUUCCAUGGAAGCAUCAUUCGUGCGCAGGAUGUUUCACAGCAACGAGCAGGGCAUCGUCCAGCAGUCCACCAGACUCGAUCGAUACAUGCCUGACUCGGCCGAUUCCACAUUGGAUUCGGGCACUCGUGCAGGAAAGGGGUUUAUGGUUCCAGACAGUGAAGAAACAAACACCAUACAUCCUUGUAAAGUGAGCAGGAAGAAGAAAGGCUUCUUACCCAAAACCAUAUGCACAGAUCAGGUGGUCCCUAUAUUUGGGAAUGGAAAAGGAAAGGAAGAAGGGUGCUGAAAAGCUUUCUAUUGUGCUUCAAAUUCAUGUAAAAAGUAUUAGGAAGAUUAGUGUUUCCUUGGGUAAUUUCUUCUCCAGCACCAGGUGGCUUUUUUUUCGGGUAAUUCAUAGGGGAAUAUAAGCCCCUACCCAUUUUUAAAAUUGUCCACCAGGUGACCUUUUUUUUUUUUUUUGGGGGGUAAUUCAGUGAGGAUUACAGGCCCGUACCCGUUUUUUAAAUGGUUAGAUUUCUGAAACAAUCAGUAGAAUUAGAGAGCUCCCCUCCCAAACACCAGGUGACUUUUUCUUCAUCUUCUUCUGAUUUUUCCUUUUGUUGGGGGCUUCAAAGUUAAACAUGUUCAUGUGAUGAUUAUAUAAAGUUGAUCAUGUGGUGAUUAUAUAUAGUUGAUGCUC